AUGGACGGCGCGGUGCCUACAAAAAUGCUCGCGCGGUGCCAACGAAGUCAACAUCGCAAAGUCCCGUUGCAAAGUGUCUCGCGCCGAACGGGCGCCAGGAGGGGGACUCUCAUGUCCAUGUCGGAGAGAGCGCGUCAGACGCUCAGGAAGCCGUCGACGCCGAGUAGGCUGGGCGCGUCGUCUCCCAAACCGGAACGGCGGGACGAGGCGGAGCGCGAGCCCGAGGCGGACGAGCCCGUCGGUGUUGUCAACUCGCACGAUUCGGCGCCCGAGCCGGCGCCCGAGCCGGGUCCCGAGGCCGAGCCCGAGGUGGGGCCCGAGCCGCGGGAUCGUCCGUCCCCGGCGCCGUCGCCCGAGCCCACCACCCCGAACGCGCCCAAGGGCGACGAACCGGCGAUGUCGACGCACUCCCCGACCGCCACCCUGGCGCGUCAGCGCUCCGAGGCGACGAGCGAACCGGAUUCCGACUCUCGCGGCGCCGCAGCCGAGAAGCCGUCGCCGCUGCGCACGAGCGUGGACGCCGAGCAGAUGUCCGAGCUCGGGCACGAGCUCGACCACCUCGAGACGAUACCCACGAUGUCGCUGGAGGAUUUCCUCACCCCGGCGUUCCUGGGCCGCGGGGACGGCGGUACCAGCGUCAGCACGUCCGCGCCACCGAGCGAACUCGGCGAUCCGCCCUACGCCCCCGACGACGACCUGGAGUUCGCGGAGGAGGUGGACCCGCGCGUCGCGGGCGCGCUGGACGAGAUGAACGAGGCGAUGAUGUCGGUGAACGACGCGGAGACGGCGCUCGCCGCCGCCAAGCGACGCCGCCGGGCGCACAAAGCCGAGGGAUCGCAGAAGAUCGAGGAGACCCGGAAGAAACUGUCGAGCAGCGUGCGCGCGGCGGUGCCCUUCUUCCACGCGCAGGCUGUCGCGCACAUGUACCAGGUUCGAUCCAUAGAGUGUCUCCGCGCGUACGAGAAGGCGCACGACAUGCACGCGGCGGCCAAGGAGAGCGCCGCGCAGUUGGAGGCUGAGAUGGCGUCGAGUGCUUCGCCGGGGAAAAAAAUCACCGGCAACGAGGGCGGAACCUUCGACACCGACCUGAUGAUCGCGCUCUCCGACGCCAUGUCCAAGGUGGUCGAGACGGAGAUCAUGAAGAAGCGAGCGGAGGGGGCGCACGGACGGAUGACCAAGCUGGCGACGACCGCGGUGAACGAAUCGAUGGCGCUGCGUAAGAAAAUAGCAAAGAGCGUGGAGAAGGCGCAGCCGUACUUUGCGGUCAAGUCCAGCGUGGAGGCUAAGGCCAGGGCGUUGGAGGAGGAGGUUGUGGAUGUGGAGAAGAGGGUGAAGGAGAUGAAACGGCGGUACCACGCGGCGAUGGACGAGCUCGCGAAGAUAAGCGAUGAGGUGCACGCGAGGCGGUUGAGGGAGAAGGAGGAGAGGGAGGCUGAAGCCGCGGCGGCGAAGGCGACCGAGGAGAUUUCGGAGUCGCGAUCAAACGCGGGGGUCGAGAAAGAAGAGACACCCGACGAGGAUAAGCUUAGCGGCGACGACGGCGGGGUGGAUGAUGCCGACGAUGAUGCGAGUGAUUCCCUUGAGCCGGAGCCGGAGUCGGAGCCGGAGUCGGAGUCGGAGCCGGAGCCGGAGAGCGCAGACCCGGAUGUCCUGGAGCGCGUGGAGGCUGAGGUUCGACGACGCGAAAGGUAA